AUGGUAUACACAAAAGGCCAUCCACGUGAUUAUAAUAAUAGUUUAUAUCAUAUUUAUUAUCGAGCUGGACAAUUAUAUCAAUCGAAUGGCACAAAAUUAUAUUCAUUACAAGUUGAACUCGAUUUACCAUAUCAAGGUACCCAAAUUUUUCGUGGUGAUGCACAACAUGUUGCAUGGAUUGUUGAUCUUGUCUUAGAUAAUAAUGAUUAUCCAGUAUGUAUUUAUAGUGUUCAAUACAAUUCAGCCGGUCUUCCUGUAGGUCAAGGUGGUGAUGAUUUACGAUAUUUUUAUGCACGAUGGCAUGGUUCUAUUUGGUAUAAUUAUUCACUUGCCUAUGCUGGUUGCCGUCUCUAUGCUGGUGAAGAUGAUUAUAGUGGUUUGGCUGCAAUUGAACCUGAUAAUCCAUCUACAGUUUAUAUAUCGACAAACAGUGAUCCAUUGACAGGAAAUCCACUUAUUAGUCGCAACGAUGAACAACGUCACUAUGAACUUUUUUGUGGUAAAACAAAUGAUAGUGGACAAACAUGGGCAUGGACAGCACUGACUAGUGAUUCAAAUGCAGAUAAUUUGCGGUCUAUAUAG